AUGAGCAAUGGGCAAGGAGGUUACAACAAAGGAUAUUACAAUUACAAGUCCAACCCAGCCAUGUCAUACAGAAACACUGAUGUUGCCAACCCUCAAGAUCAGGUCUACCCUCAACAACAGCAAGCUCGAUCGAGUCAAGCUCCUCAACAUGGGUAUGGUCCUAAAAACAACUACCAAGGCCCUCAAGGGACUUUUCCUGGUCAGCAAAUGCACAUACCACCUGGCUUUCCCCACCAACCACCCCAGCCUGCGCCUACACCUGAGCAUGAGCUCAAGGCUAUGCUUAAACAGUUGCUCCAAGGGCAAGCUGAUGGUGUUGUGGAGACAAGCAAGAAGUUGGCUGAUAUCAACUCCAAGAUUGAGAACCUAACACAAGAGUGUACUCUCUGGAAAGCUUAG